UUUAAGAGAUGACUGUCCAAGGAGAAGCGCUUACUGCAUGAUCUGUCUGAUCUGACUCAGUAGCAUCAGUCGGCUGUAAAAUGCCGGUUCUCUAAACUGCAGAAAAGAAGGACGUUGCGGCUAAAUCAUAUUGUUUUUGAAGUCUGAUUAUAUUUUUGUUCCUGCCGGUGAACAAUGGAAAAGCUGUCAGCAGAAAUUUCUGGUGUCCCUCCUCUUUUCCACUGCGGUAGAUCAUUGUUUUUGAUGCUGUUGUUGUGUAGGAGUGCAGGGAUGGACCUAAUGUUUUUGGAUUUCUGCUAGAAAACACGCAGAGGACCAGCGUUAUAUUAUUCGUUUUGCAUUGUUCAACAGCAGAUGUAUUUGGUGUUGCCAUUCAAGCAGAACUAUGGUGAAAUUGCAAGCGCUCGCACAUUACUGGCCUCUCAUCCGCUUUCUGGUCCCUCUGGCAAUUACAAAUAUAGCCAUUGACCUCGGGGAACAGGCCUUGAAUAGGGGCAUUGCAUCUGUAAAAGAAGAUGCAAUUGAGAUGCUGGCCAGUUAUGGGCUUGCCUAUUCCUUGAUGAAAUUCUUCACAGGUCCAAUGAGCGACUUCAAGAACGUAGGCCUGGUAUUUGUGAACAGCAAGCGGGACCGCACCAAGGCUGUCCUCUGUAUGGUCGCAGCGGGCACUGUGGCCAUCAUUUUUCAUACACUCAUAGCUUAUACGGACCUGGGGUAUUACAUCAUUAAUAAACUUCAUCAUGUAAAUGAUUCAGUGGGGAAUAAAACUAGAAAGGCCUUUCUGUAUUUGGCUGCCUUCCCACUGCUAGAUGCUAUGGCCUGGACUCAUGCUGGCAUUUUGCUGAAACACAAGUUCAGUUUUCUAGUGGGAUGUGCUUCUAUCUCUGAUGUCAUAGCUCAGAUUGCUUUUGUAGCCAUUUUGCUUCACAGUCAUCUGGAGUGCCUGGAGCCUCUUCUCAUCCCUAUACUGUCCCUCUAUAUGGGAGCCUUGGUGCGCUUCACCAUUGUGGGCCUCGGCUACUACAGGAACAUCCAUGACACAAUCCCUGACAGCUGUGGGCCUGAAGUUGGGGGAGAUGCCACAUUCAAAAAGAUGCUGAAUUUCUGGUGGCCAUUGGCAUUAAUCCUUGCUACCCAGAGAAUAAGCAGACCCAUUGUCAAUCUCUUUGUAUCUCGUGAUCUUAAGGGAAGCUCAGCAGCCACAGAGGCCGUAGCGGUCCUGACAGCAACAUACCCAGUGGGUCACCUGCCCUAUGGCUGGCUAACAGAGCUGAGAGCAGUCUAUCCUGCAUUUGACAAGAAUAAUCCCAGCAAUAAACUGGUGAACAGUGGAACAACUGUCACCAAAGCACACAUCAAGAAGUUCACCUUUUUCUGUCUGGCGCUCUCAGUGACGCUAUGCUUUUUGGUGUUCUGGACCCCACAUAUUUCUGAGAAGAUCCUGGUGGAUAUUAUUGGGGUGGACCUUGCUUUCGCUGAGCUCUGUGUUGUUCCUCUUCGUAUCUUCUCUUUUUUCCCAAUACCAGUCACUAUGCGAGCACACCUAACAGGCUGGUUGAUGACACUAAAGAAGACCUUUGUACUGGCCCCCAGUUCAGUCCUGCGGAUCAUUGUUCUCAUCACCAGUCUCAUUGUGCUUCCUUACAUGGGGGUUCAUGGAGCCACUCUCGGUGUCGGUUCCCUGCUAGCUGGUUUCUUGGGGGAAUCCACCAUGGUAGCAAUAGCAGCCUUCUAUGUAUAUCGGAAACAGAAGAAGAAGAAGGAGGAUAGCGAUGAUGAGACGGCAGUGGAGGGAGAAGACUCAGCUCCAAUGAAUGAAGUUGGGCCCAGGGAGGAAACUGAUGACAUUGUGGAGCUGAGGGAGGAGGACAAAUAAAGAGAGCAGACUGCAGGAACAGUCUGAACUUGCUUCUGCCACCGCCCGCUUUCUCUCCCCCAGCUCAAUGUUGCUCAAGUCCCAUUUCUGUUGUGUACAGUGGAAAUGCUUGCCAGGGAGGAUACAGCGAGGAGGCCUUUGCUUGCAUGCGAUGGCUGUGUGUUCCGUCAGUUUCCCUCGCUGAUGAGAGCCGUGAACAGGCCACGGUACACCCCCUCCCCUCAGAGUUUUGUAGCUUCCAGCGGAUACUGUCUUCUCAAGACAGAAAAGAUGAUACCUGUACCAAAGCACUGUCGUACAUCCACCUUUACCUUUCUCUUCUCUGCUGUUAUUUUGCGCUGCCAUCCUAUACUUUUAAGAAAACACAAAAGAACUGCAAGUGUAAAACUUUAUAUCAUAUCUUUAUUCAGUUGCUUGAAAAAAAGACUUCUGAUUGUGUAUGUAGAAGAAAAAAGAAAUGUAUUGAGGUCUCUAUAUAGACCUGUGCGCUUUUAUUUGCCAUAGUGCUGCUAAUUACCAGUUACGCUGUAGUUGGUAAAAAAAAAACUGGCAUAGCAGUUAGAAUGAGGCUUAUUUUUUUAUUUUUAUUUAAGUACCAAACUCAUUUUCUGAAACCAUGAGUACUUAGGGAUUUGGGAGUGCAGGGUUUGUGCUUAACUUAAAUUACAUUUAAAGGGAGUUUUUAAAUAAUAUAAUGGUUAAAAAGUUGUAAGUGUUUAAAUAUUGUUAAUGGUUUAUUUUGUAAGGGUGAGAUAUAAAUGCAAUGGCCGGGGUCAGACAGCCAAAUGUUGGCUUCUUGACUUUUUAUCAUGUUUGUCAGCACAAGUUUCUUGAAUCUGAGAAUCUAUUUUUUUAAUAGAUAUAACAUUAAGCUGUCACUCGUUAAAACACACAUUUACAGCUUAGGAAUGCCCCUGAACUCAUAAAGUAUCCAAAGCAUCUAAAUGUGCUAUUAUACACUCGUGGCAUACAAGUGUAUUUCAUAUCCCUGUGUCUACCACACACUGGGCAUUAAUGUCUAGACAUAACAUUGCUUUGGUGGUCUUAAGAGGGAAAGACUUUAUGUCCCUGUGCUUAGAAAUAAAGAGUAUAAAUGAAAACACCUUUUUCUGAUUUUAAACGGUGAUAAAGUAUGAAGUGGUAUUUUUUUUAAUGUUGAAAAUCAAGUUAUGUGCUUUAACCUAACCUGUGGACUACAGAGGAUUUAUUCAAAAAUGUUGUUUCGGGGAAUAUGGUUAGUAUUAAAAAAUCAAAAUAUUUUUCAGUUCUAAAUAUUUAUAUAAAGUAGUAGCUAACUAUGCAGAUAUAUUUGAUCAACCUGUAUACACUGGGAUAAGCCACAGCUGGAUCAACCACCGAUCCUUGGUUAACCUAAAAAAUAAGGGGGUGAGGCAUUUCAGGGUGAGUCUCUUGAUACUGUUAAAUAAUCAAACAUCCAGCUGUGCAAAUCCAUUUAAUUUGGAUUCUCUGUAGAAUUUUGCUUAAAAUUUGAUAAGGCAAUGUCUUUGAACAUAUGGGGAAAUUAUAUACAGGAAAAGAACCCAGCAAAUAGUAUGGCCCUGAAAGCAGACAGCACACAUCAGACACAGUGAGGCAGUGCACCUAGACCAUGGAAUCAUUGUCUUUAUAUAUAAUGCAGUUUUAAACUGAAAAAAUAACGGAAACAAAUACAUAAAGCAACUCAGUAGUUUUCCACUAUAUUCCUGAACUCCAGUCUGGUAGGUGACGUAAUCACACACGAAGACGUAAGGCCGAUAUACGCUCCUUGCAAAGGAGCUGGCUCUUUUUUGAGUAAGAGUAAUAAUAAUAAUAAUAAUAAUAAUAAUAAUAAUAAUAAUAAUAAUAAUAAUAAUAAUAAUAAUAAUAAACCAGUCAUAUAUGCUUGUUAAUUAACAUUACUGUUAUUUACCCUCUACACAAAAUCCAAUACAUUGCCAAACAUCGCUUUUCUUUCCUCCCUUUCCUUUACCCCAAAAAUUACCAGUAUUAGUGUCAGAUUCUCCCAUGUUUUUAAAAUAAAAUAAUUGUGUAGCUUUUAUUUUUAAAUCAGGAAAAUGUAUAUAAAAUAAUUUAGGGCUGCAACAAAGUGAACAUUUUGACCUUUGAAGGUUCGGAACACAUUACCGAAGGAAGGUUCGAACCUUCGAUGAUAUUUGCAUAAUUUACUGGUGACGUCACCAUAGCUACUUGUUUAUAUUUGAUUGAAAAUCCUAUUAUUUUACAGGUAAUCCAUAUAAAUGGAAUAAAACCUUCACCUGUA